UUCAAGCUCGCAGUUACCCGCGGGGUCCCUGGAGUCUGAUUUGGGCAUGGAAGGAGAACACAAAUCGCAGAAACUUUCGUUGUUUUACGAAUCUGGUGUAUACUCCUUCGAUGAUUCAAACGCCGUUUUCGUGGACUCCGUCCGCGUUCUCAACCGUUUUUACCACCGCUUCAGCGUUUCUCCUUCACUCUACUAUUCUCGUUUCUUCAAAACCCAAACAACCCCCAACGCCGUCUCCUCCACCGUCACUCCCUCUCCCAGGAAGCGGAAGCGGAAACGGAGAGAAUCUCGACCGUUGAACGAGAGAGAGCUAAUCGCUCUACAGCGUCACCAGGAAGCGAGGCCACUGUUGUUGGCGGCGCACGAGUGUUUGCUGAAAUCAACUGAAGUGUUGAAUGCUUUGAAAACUCUGAAGAGUGAACCGAGUUGCUCAACGAAGGAGUGUGACGGUGGUCAACGCUCUUUCGUUGACCUGGGACACGUGGCUCCUCAGCUUGAGGUAACGCUAAGUUUACGUCUCAGUGACAAUGACGCUGACCCUCACCCGCUCCCAAAGGAUUUAGAUGACCUUCCCAGUGGGCAAUGCUGUGUAGAGAAGGUACUCCGUGCUUUUAAUAAUUUGGUUGCUAAUGACACCCAGGAUGAUGCAGUGGCUAAAAUUUUGAGCAAUUCCUAUAUAAUGCCUCGGGAGAGUUGCUUUUACAUGUCUGAUCUGGGACAGAUUCGCAAUCUAAUUCCUGCUCAUGCUGAUUCUGGCUUCAACCUCAUAAUGGUGGAUCCACCUUGGGAAAAUGCUAGUGCCCACCAAAAAUCAAGGUACCAAACCUUGCCCAACAGGUAUUUUUUAUCCCUUCCUAUAAAGCAACUCACUCACACUGAAGGAGCACUUGUAGCCUUAUGGGUGACCAACAGAGAGAAGCUACGAUGUUUCAUUGAGGCAGAGCUUUUUCCUACCUGGGGAGUCAGUUAUGCUGCUACUUUUUAUUGGUUAAAGGUGAAAGAAAACGGAUCCUUGAUUUGUGAUUUAGAUCUCUUCCAUCAUAGGCCGUAUGAAUGCCUGAUCUUGGGAUAUAGUCCUGGGAAGGUAAAUAAUACUGAUAAUCUAUCAGAGUUUAAACCUGUGAAGAAUGAUCGGGUGAUUAUGAGCAUUCCUGGGGAUUACUCAAGGAAACCCCAAAUUGCAGAUUUAUUACUGGAGCACGUUCCUGGACUCAAACCUCCUCGAUGUAUAGAGCUAUUUGCUAGAGAGAUUUUGGCUGGAUGGGUUUCUUGGGGAAAUGAACCCCUCUACUUUCAAGAUUCUAAACAUUUUGUUAAAAAGAUGAUUCAAUGAUUCUUAAGGAAAAAAGAUUCCAUCCUUG